AUGAACAAGCUACGGUCAGCGUUCAAGUGGAAGCGAAAGUCAGUUAAUAUUUUAUUGAUUACCCAUCCAUUCUCUAAUUUUGGAUUAACUCAUUUCAAAUAAAAACUUCGAACCCUCCACAGAAGCUACGACUCGGACUCGACAGGCUACUGCUCCUCCUCGGACGUCUCCAGACCUCUUUCCGACUCUCAGUUCAUUCUCCGACCCAGCACCGUCAUGAGCAAUUCCUACUCUCUGGCUAACAGUUAUUAUAAUGUAGCUACUUUUCCUACAAUCUGCAAAUAUUAAGUCUGAUGUUCAGCUAGAAUACGCCGAGUUCAAGUCCACUUCCUUACCGAUGAAAACGGAUACGGUAUCUUCAAGGACAUCGAGAAAGAGUACUGUCAGUUCACAGGCUUAUAACGGGGUGAGGAAAUCUUCCUGCACAUCUAAUAAGAAUAUUUUCCCGAGAAAAACAUUUUUACUUUAUUACUAAUACAUUUUUUUAGCAAAUAAAGGUGACUUUUCAGGACCACUCCUCUAUGGGCGAGGACGACGAAGAUGACGUGAGCACCCUCCGACCGACAAGCUCUCAAACUCAAACCGUCCCUCUGAUGCCACAACUAACGUCAAUCAAGCACUUCAUGGCGCAAGAAGAGCUUCGCCGAGCGAUUCCUCGAACAACUCCAGAACUCGACGAAAUGCCGACCAUCAGCCUGGCAACGACGACGCCUGGAGAAGAUGACGACAUCGACUGCGAUAUCUCGGCCUCGACGUCCGUGUCCACGGCGGCAAUGCCAGAUUAUUCUGAAGAUGAGACUGUAGACGUCGUCAGCAAAUCGCCCUCCUACACGAUUCGCUUCCCGUUCGAUGAGUUUGAAGAAGAGGACAUGGCCGAGCUGUUCGACCAGCUUGAAUUCGAUGAUCAACAACCAAGGUAAGGUAUUGAAGUCUUCUAACUUCAAGAGGAUUCAGCACGUCAUCGGCGAAUUUCCGUCAGAAAAAGCUUCUGAUCAAGGAGCCUAGUUCGAAGAUCUACUACGACGAGGAGGAAAACAGUGAAGCGCAGCCGCCAUUGAUGAAUCGACCCGAAAGCGCACCGAGACCCAGGUUCGUGGUAGUGAUUAAAAAUUUCAAUUUUCCCAAAAAUCAACUUCAAUAAUAUCAUAAUCAAUCAGGUCGAUUCUCAAAAAGGGGCCAUCUUUUGCUGGGCAUAUUUACGAAGAGAUCGAGGGAGAUCAUUUAACCCCGAUUCCUGAGGACAUCCGACCCGAGGUUUGAAAUAAUCCAUGGAUGAAAAACCAAUAACGGAAAAAAUAAUACAGCUUCCGGUCCGCCCCUUCCUUCAGCCUCUUCGAUUCUUCCCGCCUUGUAAUUUCUUUCAGCCACGACAACGGUGUGAAAAAUUGAAUUCAUCUUCAGUUGACUUAUCAAUUUUAAGAUACCCAUCGAUCCGUCGACGGAAAAAGAUGCCCAGUCUGCAUCAUUCGCAAUCGCUUGCUUCAUAUUUCUCGAAGAAACGGAAAUAA